AUGGCUGCAAUGGACGUCAGGUUCUCCAAUACCUGGCAGCCCUCUAGAUCGAGCAAAUCUUCUACAGGCAGCAGGACAGUGAGAGGCCCGGCCAAAAAGUUGAAGGAUGGCGUAAAGUACAACAUCGAUGCCAUCAAACCUAAUGGCGAACCAAGGGAGCCUAAGAAGAAUGCGGACAAGUUAGUUCGUCAGUGCGGAGUUCUUGUGAAGGACCAAAUCCCGAUCUCCAUGCAAGAAUGGAAGAAGCCAGCAAAGGAACGUCCAGAUCUUACUUGGGUUGACCAAAGAGCAAAAGAUCUGCUUUGGGAAACUCUCAUGUCACAUUUCACAUUACCAGAUCAUUUCAUAGAUGCAGAUGUGCAGAAAGUGAAGGACGCUGCUCUUAGGAAGAUGGCGGUUGCAUUCAACAACCACAAGAAGAGUAUAUGGGCCAAGUACGUCGAAGGAGGAAAGAAGACUCUGGAAUUCACGGGAACACUGGAGAAGCAAAGAGAACACUGGCCCGCUUUCAUGAAAUUCAAGAAAUCAGAAUUAGCUAAGGAACGGUCGAGAGUAAACAAGCUCAAUGCCGUGAAAAAGGAGCAUUUCCAUAGGCUGGGGCCAGAACUGUUUCAGUUAUUCAAGGACAGGGAAUCCAUCGUGGACUUCGGGCUGCGGCUCUCUGCCCUCGUCGCCGACCUGGAGCUGUACAGCGAUCCUGUCACCGAGCACAAGGCGGUGCAGAAGUUUCUCCGCGUGGUGCCGCGUCGCUACCGCACGAUGGCCAUGGCGAUCGAAUCUCUGAUCGAUCUGAAAACCAUGUCAAUUGAAGAGCUGGUUGGCCGCCUCUCCGCCUGCGAGGAUCAUUACGAUCUUGAUGACGGCUCACAGUCCACCGGGCGGCUGCUACUCACUCACGAGGAGUGGCUGGCCCGUGAGAAGCUAGGCGGCGGUGGAGGAUCGUCGACCGGCGGCGGCGGCGGCGGCGGCAAGAACAAGUCGCCCGCGAAGCCUAAAUCUCAGGGAGGCGGCAAGGGCGCGCUGGGGAACGCCGGGGCAGGCGGCUCUUGCAGAUCUUGUGGGAAGAAGAAGAAGGGCAAGUGUCACCAUUGUGGCAUCCCAGGGCACUGGAAGAAAGAGUGCCGGACAUGGCUCCGCAAGCAGGAGCAGAAGGGCAAGCCGGAGCAGGCAAACCUGGCACAAGCCGACGCCGAGCACGAUCACGGCCUCUACAUGGCCGUGGUCACCACCAUUGACACAUCACAUCUCGUCGCACCCCAAGAGGUGUACCUGAAUGAGGAAAAGGUCAUGCCCGUGCCGUCCCCGAACGGCGUGUGGUUCUUCGACGCCGGGGCCAGCAGUCAUAUGACGGGCGACGGGCGUGUGUUCUUGGCGCUGGACGAGACCGUGCGGGGCACGGUGAGGUUCGGCGACGGAUUCGUGGUGGCGAUGCACGGACGUGGAUCUGUGGUUUUCCGUUGCCAGAGCGGGGGCCAGCGCGCGCUCACCGGCGUCUUCUUCAUCUCAAGCCUGCGCACCAACAUCGUCUCCGUCGGGCAACUCGACGAGGCCGGAUGCAUCAUCGACAUCAGGGACAGCGUGAUAGCGAUCCAUGACCCGUCGCGGCGCGUUCUGGCGUGCAUCAAGCGUUCCACCAAUCGUCUGUACAGCGGCGCUCUCGCUGUGGACGCGCUGACGUGUCUGAUGGCGAUCGGGGACGAUGAGGCCUGGCGGUGGCACACGCGCAUGGGGCAUCUCCAUUUUCGCGCGCUCCGGGCCAUGGCGACCAAGGAGAUGGUGCGGGGCAUGCCCGUGAUCGAUCGCGUAGAAGAGUACUGCGACGGCUGCGCCCUGGGGAAACAGCACCGCGCGCCGUUCCGGUAG